AAACAGCUCGACGUAGAAGCCCUCCUCUCGAAACCCACCUGGUCCGUCGCAUCUCUCUUACCGUCCGACACUGCAGCGACGGAGACUCCAAAAGUCUCCUCAACCCAACUUCACCAUCUCCUCCGCCUCUCCGCCCUCCCACCGCCAACCUCCCCCGUCGAAGAAACUGCCAUGCUACAAACCCUCACCUCCCAACUGCACUUCGUCAAACAAGUUCAAUCCGUCGACACAACCAACGUGGAACCGUUGCGGAGUCUACGAGACGAGACGGAAGAGGGUGAGAAAGAGGCGGAGUUGGGACUGGAGGCUUUGAAGGGUGCGUUGGCAAAGGAGGAGGUGAGGGGGAAGUUUCACAAGCGGAUUAGGAGGAAGAGAGAGGUGCAGGAUGCUGAGAAGUGGGAUGUUUUGGGACACGCGGAGAGAAAGACUGGUCGGUACUUCGUUGUGGAGGGAGGG